AUGGAUUGUUAUUUUGAUGAGCAGCGAGCUGUGGAAGUUGAAGUACCCAUCAAUAUAGCUUUGAUUAAGUACUGGGGAAAAAGAAAUGAGGAUCUCAUCCUCCCCCUCAAUAGUUCACUUUCUCUUAACAUUGAUGGCCUUGUCGCCCGCACACGUUUACGAUGUUCUUCGAAGAUUUCGGAUUCUGUCACAGUCAACAACACUUCAGUGGAUUUAGAAAAGAGCAAACGAUUUCGAAAAUGUUUCGAUUACGCUCGUCAGCUUAUACGAGGGCGAUCUUGUCAUGAAAAUACGGGUCCCCACUUGGAGACGGAGUAUGGGUUUGAGGUUUCAUCCACCACAAACUUCCCUGUUGGUGCAGGUCUAGCAUCUUCUGCUGCUGGCUUCGCAGCAAUUGCUGUUUCUAUAGGAGAGCUAUUCGAUCUAUCAAUGGUGGAUGUUUCUUCGCUGGCAAGAAUAGGCUCCGGUAGCGCAUGCCGUAGCGUCUUUGGAGGAUUAGUGGAAUGGUACUCCGGCAGUGAUCAGUCUGGAAGCGAUUGUGUAGUCAAACAAGUUUUUCCCGAAAAUUGGUGGCCAGAACUACGUGCACUUAUUGUUGUAUUGGAUCCCACUGAAAAAGAAGUUGGAAGUAGCAUUGGAAUGCGCAGAUCAGUAGAAACAAGUGAAUUACUGAAACAUAGGAUCAACGAGGUUGUUCCAAAGCGAAUUGAAAGGUUGAAAGUGGCGUUUCAGUCCCGCGAUUUUGAUGAGUUUGCACGUAUUACUAUGGCAGACAGCAAUCAACUGCAUGCAAUUUGUCUUGAUACGUGCCCUCCUCUUAAGUAUAUGUCUGAUGCUUCGUGGUAUGUAGUCCGCGCCGUGAAUGAAUUCAACUCCGGCAAUCGAAGACGUGCAGCCUAUAGCUUCGAUGCUGGUCCUAAUGCAUGUAUUUUUGUAGAAAAUAAUAAUGUAGUCGGUUUUCUCCAGCAACUUUGUCGAUACUUUAAAUUCCCCCCGAAAGUUAUUUUCAAUCUUGAAUCAAUUGAAGAUCACUUUGAAAUUCCACAAGAUGUCAAUCCUAGCACUUCCUUUGCUAUAAGAGAUAUAAUUGUCAGUGAGGUUGGAGGUUCACCAAGGAUUAUUACAUAA